GACAGUGCACAGGCGAGCUGUGAACGAGGCAUGCGUAUAGAAAGGGUCCAACGAAAAAAUCAAUACAUACGUUGUUUCUAUAAUUCAGUGUUAACUCACAUACUGUGUUCGCCAUUUGUGCUUUGUGAAACAGUUUCCUUCAAUUAAUUAUUUCUGACCAAAAAAUCAGUUCAAACCAAUUCUAUUUCAAUUGAAAACAAGAGUUUCGUUGAAAAUCUUAUCAAAAAUGUACAAUCAAAUGCAAAGUACAAAUGGAAAAUUUGGUGAUCGUUUUCGGCCACAGCCAAAUGGAAAUCGAAAUGAUUUCCGCAAUGACCGAAACCAAUCAUCGGCUGCAAAACCACAGCAGUCGCAAAAUGGUAGCAAUUUGCGUGCCAUCGAUUGGGAAACCAUUUCGUUAACGCCGUUCCGCAAGAACUUCUACACACCGUUAGCGACCAUAUCACAAGCUGAUAUUGAUGCAUUCUUCAAAAGCAACGAGAUUACGUUGCGUGGAACAGAGCUUCCAUCACCAAACACAGAAUUCCAUGAAGAAUUAUUCCCAGACUAUGUCAUGAGCAGCGUUAAACGUCAAGGUUUUGAGAAGCCAACGGCAAUCCAGGCAACCAGCUGGCCGAUUGCAUUGAGCGGUCGUGAUUUGGUUGGCAUUGCCAAGACGGGAUCGGGUAAAACAUUGGCAUAUGUUUUGCCAAGUAUGAUUCAUAUCAAUAAUCAAGAGCGUCGCAAGCGUGGUGAUGGUCCAAUCGCAUUGAUUUUGGCUCCGACACGUGAGCUGGCACAGCAGAUUCAGCAAGUAUGCCAUGAUUUUGGAGCGAACGCACGCGUGAGUAACACAUGUAUCUUCGGUGGUGCACCAAAAGGUAGCCAAGCCCGUGACUUGGAGCGUGGUGUUGAUGUUGUCAUCGCAACACCAGGCCGUUUGAUCGAUUUCCUUGAGAAAGGAACCACCAAUUUGCGCCGAUGCACAUAUCUUGUGUUGGAUGAAGCUGAUCGUAUGUUGGAUAUGGGGUUCGAGCCACAAAUCCGUAAGAUCAUUGGUCAAAUCCGUCCCGACCGUCAAGUGUUGAUGUGGUCGGCUACCUGGCCAAAAGAAGUCCGCAUGCUGGCUGAGGAGUUCCUUACCUCAUACAUUCAAGUGAACAUCGGAUCGGUGAAUCUGUCGGCCAACCAUAACAUUUUGCAAAUCAUUGACGUGUGCGGCGAGGAAGAGAAACAAGACAAACUGAUGCGAUUAUUGGGCGAAAUGAAUGAGCCCGACUCCAAGGUCAUCAUUUUCGUGGAAACAAAACGCAAAGUAGACGAUUUGACGCGUUCAAUCAACCGAGGUGGUUGGAAGGCUUGUGCCAUUCAUGGCGACAAAUCGCAACAGGAGCGUGACUAUGUUUUGAACGCUUUUCGUCGUGGACGUCAAGCAAUUUUGGUAGCAACUGAUGUUGCUGCUCGUGGAUUAGAUGUUGAAGACGUUAAGUUCGUUGUCAAUUUCGACUAUCCGAACAACUCUGAAGAGUAUAUUCAUCGCAUUGGUCGUACCGGUCGAUCGAAUAACACUGGAACGGCAUACACUUUGUUUACCAUUCAAAACGCAUCCAAAGCCGGUGACCUGGUCAAUGUGCUCAAGGAAGCAAAUCAGGUCGUGAAUCCUCGACUUUUGGAUAUGGUAAAGAAAGGUGGCAAUGGAUCAGGCCGUAACAAAUACAAUCAACGCGGCGGUCGCCCAAAUGGUGGCGGUAUGAAUGAUUUCCGCAAUCGUUCACAGCCGUACGGUUCCAACGGUCAACGUUCGGCCAAUGGUUUUGGCAAUGGCGGUGGUCAGCGUCCAACUUCACGCUUCUCAAGUGUACCAAAUGGUAAUUCAGCAUAUCAGCCACGACCAUACAAUGGCAACACGGGAAGCGCAAAUCAAGACCAAAAACCAUCGUAUGUACCACGAUCAACCACAUCAAACUAUCCGCCCAAGACUGGAUCAUACUAUGAUGCAUCGGCUGCAAAUGGUGGCAGCGCAAAUCAAUUACGCAACAGCGCCGACCAAUCAAAAUUCAAUGGUUUCCAAUCAAAACCAAAUUCGGGGAUUUCAAAUGUGUAUGGCCAACAGGGAACACAUCAAUCCUAUGCAAUGCCAUCCGGUGUUCCUUCUCUCUACAAUUUACCGCCACCAUCAUUAUCAUUCAAUACAGUCCAAUCGGUUCCGUUCAACUAUCCACCACCAGUUUUACCAGUUAAAAACUAAACACACACACACACAAAAUCUACAACUAAAAGAUUGAAUUUUUAAUCAAAUUCCCACACCGAAAACCAAUCCAAUUGUUGGUUUUCAUUUUCUUCUUAAUUUAACAUUUCAUUUAAUAUUUUUUUCGUACCUCUAGCUAGUGGUGACAUUUGUGGUUUAUUAAUCUCAAAACAGAAACAUACAAAAAAUAAUUAUAUUUAGAAACACCAUGCUUACGUUCAUGUCUUUUAGUUUCGUUUUUUUUUCUCUAUCUCUCGUAGAUUUUUAUUUCUAAACGUAGCUAUAAAUUAUUUAAAUUGUUAGAAUUUUAAAUUUCUGUUUUAAAGAAACACAUUGAAUUUAGAAGAAGGUGGUGUUGUUGUGCUACAGUCGUGUGAUGCACGGUUAAUAGCAAAACAGAAUCCUCUUCCUCUUUCUCUAUCUAGGGAUAAAGUGGUCAAACUGGAUUUUUAUUGAGAGAAGAAAAAAACACUUGAACUUGAAGAAAGAAGAAAAAUCCAUUAAUAACCAUUUUUAAUUGUGCUCAUUUCAAUGUGAAUUCAAUUUAAAUUUAAACACACAUACACACACACAAAAUAGAAAUAAGUCAAUAUCAAGCAAAUCAAGUGCAAAUAUACAAAACGAAUAGGUGUCGAUUCCGCACUCAUUCAAUAGUGCAAAACUAGUGUGGAAAGACAAAUUAAAUUACAAGAAGAAGAAACAGAGAAGUGGAUUCAAAUGAUUCAGAUAUUGGAUAAAAAGCAUUUUUAAUUCAUCGAUAUGUGAGUGGAAAAAAAAACAAAACAAAGAAAAAAUCAUUAAAAAAAAUAAAGUAAAUUAAUCUUAUUCAAUCUAACGAUAAAGUAAAA